UCAUCCUUUACAUUCCAACAUAUAUAAAAUCUUAAACCCUUUAUGCACAAAGAGCGCUUAUUGCUCUUGUUAGUGUUUCUUUUUCCACUGGCUGUCCUAGGGGCUUGCUCAUCAAGUUAAAAGUGCAGCUCCAUUAUGGCAGAUUUUGCAAGUACUGAGGUAGGUAAACUGUAACCUUGACAUCUCAAAAAUAUUCGAGUUUUUCCCUUUGAUUCCUCUGUACACAAUCAAGGACAGAUGGUAUUUUAGUGUCUAAGCAUCAAUCAAGAUUUAUAUUUUCCACUGAUGAACUGGGUUUGUUGUAAUUGCAAGAAAUAGUGUGCCUAUUGCUUAUUUGCUUCAUUAGAUGAGUUGGUUGUCAUUUCAGAAGAAGCGGCGAGAGAUAUGGUCUCAAUAGGAUUUAUUUAGGGGGUGGGGGAAAUUUUGGUGUUUUGGGUGUGCUCAUGUCCUAAAAUGUCUUGGAUUCGAUAUCAAAUCAAGAAGAAAGACGAUCUCUUGAUCUAUUCAUCUCAAUCUCUGGUAUCUUCUGCUUCUUCUUCUUCACCAUCAUUGCCAUAUAACAGUGAUUACCAUAAGCAAUCUGCCUCGUUGUCUUCAUCUGGUAACAAAGUGAGCCCAGCAAUUCUAUUCAUCAUAGUUAUUCUAGCUGUAAUAUUCUUCAUAUCUGGUAUUCUUCAUUUGAUUGUAAAAUUUCUUCUAAGGCACAGAUCUUCCUCAUCAGUAUCUGAAUCUAACAGAUACCCAGAAAUGUCUGGGUCUGAUGCUUUCCAGAGACAGUUGCAACAGCUAUUCCAUCUUCAUGAUUCUGGUCUAGAUCAAGCUUUCAUAGAUGCUCUCCCUGUGUUUUAUUACAAAGAGAUUGUGGGUCUGAAAGAACCAUUUGAUUGUGCUGUUUGUCUGUGUGAAUUCUCAGAACAAGACAAGUUGAGAUUGCUUCCAAUGUGUAGUCAUGCUUUUCACAUUGAUUGUAUAGACACAUGGUUACUGUCUAAUUCAACUUGCCCACUUUGUAGAGGGACCCUAUACAUGCCUGGGCUUGCCUUUGAAAACCCAGUUUUUGAUUUUGAAGGUCGAAGGGAAGAAGUUACCAUUCCAAGCACUGGAGAAAUUGGGGUUCAUCUUGGCCCUAAACUUUCAGACAGUGAGAUUGUCAAUUCAAAGAGGGUGUUCUCUGUGAGGUUAGGGAAAUUCAGAAGCACAAACAAUGGAGGAGUAGUAGUAGCAGCGGGGGAAGGAGGAGGAGAGGGAGCAGAGAGAAUAAAGGCAGAAACUAGUAGUAGCAAUAAUUGUAAUAGUAUUAAUUUGGAUGGGAGGAGAUGCUACUCAAUGGGAUCAUACCAAUAUGUGGUUGCUGAUUCAGACCUGAGAGUGGCCUUAGUUCCAACUAGAAAUGGUACUAAUGGCAGUAUGAGUUUAGUGAAGAGGAGAAUUACCCAAGAUUUGAAUUCAUCAGUUGAUGGAGAUUAUGAGGGGAAGAAGAUUAACAUGAGAAGUAAAGGUGAAAGCUUUUCUGUUUCCAAGAUAUGGCAAUGGUCCAAGAAGGGUAAAUUCCAAAAUUCUGCAGAAACCCAUAUGGGUUCUUCUCCUGUUACUGUGGGAUUACCAUGGAGUGAGAGAGACCGAACCCAUCAUGACACUUGAAAGUUUGGAAUAUCAAAGUUUACUUUCUUCCUUUUGCUUUCUCUUUUUUGCUUUGAAUAUAAAUCUUUCUUUCUACUGCAAUGCACUAUCUGCUUGUAACUUAGCACUUUAUAAAAUAUGGCGAUGUACUUUUAUCUUUCCCAGUGAAAUUCCAGUUAGUAUGAGU